GGGCUGGAGGUUGUUUUGUUGCAUUCCUGCGGAGGGUUUGACCUUUGACCUGGUUGUUGCAUUCCUUCCAAAGAGGCUUGUCCUGCAGCACCAGCCAGCCAGCAGCUCUGCACUCACUACCACUGAUCCUGUGCUACCGAGAGACGAUGUGUGUUGAGCUAGUUUAAAACGAGGCAGUGGAAACAACAAGAGCGAGGAUUAUCACCAGACACUAGCGGACACCAUAGAUAGCAUCGUUUCGAGGUAUAAAAAGGGACGUCUUGUUCUGGGUCUACACAGUUCACCUAGGACGGAGCUAGUUAGCCAUUUUUGCUAAGCAGCUAGCUGAACCGCCAUCGCAUUGAGGUUUGCUUUGUAGACACCCAGCAGGACAGGACAGCCGCAGAGACACAGCAGCAGCACCAGCAGAGGAAAUGAAGGACAAACAAAAGAGAAAGAAGGAGCGGACCUGGGCUGAGGCAGCUCGCAUGGUUUUGGAGAACUUCUCUGAUGCACCCAUGACUCCCAAACAAAUCCUCCACGUCAUCCAGACCAAGGGGCUGAAGGAAAUGCGGAGUGGUACAGCCCCUUUGGCCUGCCUGGUCACCAUGCUGCACUCCCAGGUGAGGGGAGACCGAGUCAAGAACAGCAUCUUCUUUAAGCUGCCUGGACGGAUGAGCCUGUUCACUCUCAAGAAGAACGCCCUCCAGUGGACAAAAACAACAUCGGAGUCGGAGACACCAACAGAGGCAGCCAGCAGCACCACCGCCCCGGCUUCCAGCAGCGGCACAACUGCAGCGGGCGCGGUGGUGUCCUCCGUCAGCCCCAACGAGGCCGCUGAGCAGGAAAGCUGCGACUCCACUGAGACCACCGCCGCUGCCAGCGGAGACAAUGACGCUUCGGUGGAUGAGAGCUCGUCCAGCGCCUCCUGCUCCACGGAACCGCCCCCUCCCAUCAACCAGCCCCAGACCCGCCUCAGCAGGGCAGCAGGACAGCAGGGACGCAUAGACGCGCAGCAGACCCAACACGCUCAACACACCCAGACCAGACUGAGCCGCUCAAGACAGUCAGGGAGGCAGAGGAAGAAAGCAGUCAUGAUGCCUCGUGUUGUCCUCACCCCUCUUAAAGUGAAUGGAGAGCACGUUCCCUCAGGGCCCAUGAAGAGGAGUCGGGGAGGGGUGGAUGUAGACUUCGAAACACCAGGCUCCAUCCUGGUCAACACCAACAUCAGAGCCCUCAUCAAUGUGCGGACCUUCUCAGCCUUCCCCACACACUCGCAGCAGCAGCUGCUGCAGUUGCUGCCAGAGGUGGACCGACAGAUUGGACCAGAUGGUAUGGCCAGACUGAGUAGCUCGGCUCUCAACAAUGAGUUCUUCACCCAUGCCUCCCAGAGCUGGAAAGAGAGGCUGGCGGAGGGUGAGUUCACCCACGAGAUGCAGGUGCGUUUCCGGCAAGAAAUGGAGAAAGAGAAGAAGGUAGAGGCGUGGAAGGAAAAGUUUUUUGAAGAGUACCAUGGGCAAAAGUCUGGCCUGACACAAGAGGAGUCUCUGAAGCUUACCAUGAGCGAAGCAAGCGAAGCAGCAGCCAGUGUGCUGGACAGUGACGUGGCCGUGGCGGCAACCGGUGCCCCCAAGAGACGCAGCGUGGGUCGGCGGAGGAGAGACGGCAGGAUGAGGAGGCGCACGCGGGCCGACCUGCGUCGGAGGGCCCGCCGGACCCUCUGCAAGGCCACUCCUCCGGCCCUGCAGUCUGCAGAAGCAGCCGAGGCCAGUGUCGCGCUGGACGCCCCGGCAGUUUCUAUCGGCUCGCCCAUGUCCGACAACACGGUCGUUCAAGGCGAGGUGGUGCUGCAGGCUGAGUGCGGUGUGGAGCUCCCGGCAGAGAGUACCUCCAUCGAGCCAAAGCCCUCUCCCACUCCAGAGCCAGUCACAUUGCCAGCCUCCACUCCUACUCGUACACCUACUCCUACUCCCACUCCUACUCCAACUCCAACUCCUACUCCUACUCCUACUCGUACUCCUACUCCCACUCCAACUCCGACUCCCACUCCUACUCCGACUCCCAGCCCAAGCCCCAGCCCAGCCUCCACCAGCGCAAACGAAGAGCCCGAAGCUGCGGCCCGCCUGCUCCCAGAGGAGGCUGCACCUGUACUGGCUUCCACCUCCUCGCCUUCCUCUUCCUCCUCCUCCUCUUCUUCUUCGUCUGCCUCCUCGCCUGUCUCCUCGCCCUCCUCGCCUUCCGACAGACAGGGACCUUUCGCCGCAGGUCUGGACUCUUCUUCGUCCUCCUCGGCGUCUUCCAGUGCCGCGGUCGCCGCCGAUCCCCUGGAUGACACCGCCUCCGUGGUCACCUCCGUCACAGGAGGCACCGCCACCAGCAGCCGUGAGAGUAGCCCCUCAGCCAGCCCAGCCACCACCCCCGUUUCCAGCGCUCAGCUCAAGGAGCAGAAGAGAAGGCCAGAUGAGACCCAGGCCUUCUCCAGCUUCCCCGAAAAGCGGCCGCGGCUUGACGACCGUCAGUCCUUUCGUACCACAAUUGACAGUGUCCGUUCAGAAAAGCCGCAGCCGACAACGGAGGAGCCCAAGGUGCCGCCUAUCCGGAUCCAACUGUCCAGAAUCAAACCUCCCUGGGUCAAAGGUCACCCCACCUACCAGAUCUGUCCCCGGAUCGUCCCCCCCGGGGAGGGCUCGCGGCGGUCGGGGACGGGGGGCGCGCGCACCCUGGCGGACAUCAAAGCCCGUGCCCAGCAAGCCCGGGCCCAGCGCGAGGCCGCUGCUGCUGUUGCAGCCACUGGCGAAGGGACAGGGCCGACCGGCGCCAGGCUGCGGCAUGCUGCUGGGCUACCGGAUAGCAGCAGUGGACGACGAGCGCGAGAGCACCCAGGACCCGUCGAGCCCGGAGGAGGAGGAGGAGGAGGAGGAGGAGGAGGAAGUGGAAGAAGGGGAGGUGGUGGGAUGGAGGAGCAGGGAUCGUCUUCAGGCUCUAAUUCGUCUGGAACACAACUACAGCUUCUCAAUGUAGAGCCCACGCCCCAGCCGUCCCCUUCCCUGUCCACUACCUCAACCUCCAUGUCCUUGGAUACCCCACAGACCCCAAGCCCUCCUCGAGAGGAGGCAGCUGGGGGGCCGGAUGCUGGAGAGGAAGUAGAAGCAACAUCAGCCAAUGUCCAGAGUUCCUCCGAUCGGCUCACAGACAAGGCAGCUGACUCGCCCUCUCCAAAGCCCGAGGUGCCCGAGUCUGCUAACGCCCCCUCAGAGAUGGCUGACCAGGGUUGUGAAAAACCCUCACUGGCCCCAACCUCCAUCCCAGAUUCCCUUCCUAGGUUCGGGGCUCAGGGUGUGGAUGUUAUUCAGACGUUGGCCAGCUCCCGCCAGCCCAAAGAGAAGGUACAAGGGAAGGAGGCUGGGCUGGGUGUUAUCCAGCACGGAUCCCACCACGUAGAACCCCAGGAUGUAUUCUCUCGCUCGGCUGCAGAGAGACGGCGAACGGGCGCGUCCUCUCCCCAACAAGUGGACUCUUCUAGCGGAGAGAAAGAAGACGAGGCCGGGACACAUAGCGACUCCACGGAAACAGCUUCAGACUGUGAGAAUGACCUCCAGGAGGAUGAGCAGCAGCAGCCCGACCGGGACUGGGGCCCCCAAGUGAGCAUCCAGAGAAAUGGCCAGCUGGUCAUCUGCAGCCCUCCUCCUCAGAACCAGCAGCCAGUCAUCCAAGCCCACGUGUCCAACCGCCAAGGUCAGACCGUCAUUCAGCCUUGUUUCCCCAACGGCCUGCCUCACCCUCAGCACAGUGGCCCCCAUUCCCAGGACCACCAGUCUCUGCCCACAGCCCACCCGCAGGGGCUCAGGGACACCAACGUUGUGGUCAAAAUGGAGCCUGGCGAUGAUUGUAGAGCCUCCAGACAGAGCUCUACUGAAGAGGAGUGUCGUGGAGGUUUAAAGCACUCUGUUACUCACCCAACUGCUGCCUCCAAGAGACUGGCCAGCUCAGUCAGACCAGUGUCCAGUGUGGAGGCCAAUAACCCUUUGGUCACUCAGCUACUACAAGGUAGUCUGGCCCUGGAGAAAGUUCUACCCUCUCACUCUGCCAACAGGCUGGAGAUUAGCCGAUUGCCAGGACCCCAAUCCAGACCGCCAGUGGCAAGGACCCCAGGGCCUCGUAACAGGCCUGAGAUCUCAGCCCAGUCUCCCAGCCCAGAACUGGCCUCUCAGAUCCACAACAAGUCUCCGACAGGUCGCCCGGUCUCCUGUCUGAUGGAGGCCCCAGCUGCGUCACAGUAUCAGUCUCAGCAGGCCCCCGGGGCUGUCCCGGUCAUCACCUCUCUGCCACCCUCCUCAUCCUCCUCCAGAAGUAAGUCAGACCUUAGCUCUCAGACCACUGUGGAGUCCGCAUUUAUAAAAGACUCUCAUCAUGGUCCUCAGCCCUCGCAGGGGGUCACUCCAGACAGGCCCCAGCCGACCCGCCAGACCAUGCGUAACGGCCCCUCUCCUAACCACGCAGACCCCUGCCCCACAGAGGUGGUUCCUACUAUUCAGAUCAACUGGCGGCCCCCACAGUGUCAGCUCCCACACUCUUACCAACUGCAGCUGUCUCCUGCAACCACUGUAAAGAAUGAAAUCAACGCGCGCUCCUCUUGCCAGGCUUUUGCCAAAUCAUCCCCCAUCAAACUCACGAGUGUUACCAAAAAGGAGCCCGGGAGCUCUGUGGACGGCUACCUAAGCGGAGGGGCGAUGGAGGGACUCCUGAACAUGGAGAUGACUUUAGCCAGGAUGGCGAAGAAGGAGCACGGCAAAUCUGCCUACUCCUCCGGCUCUUCCUCCUCCUCCUCCCCUUCCCCCUCCUCCGCCUCUGUCCUCCCCUUCCAGCUGUACGGGAAGCUCCCCAAGCACGGCGGCGUCGGAGGAGUAAGCUACACGGCCAACGUGUCACUGAUGGACAAUGGCGGUUUCACCCGGAGCAUGGCGGACAGCGUGCUCCAUCUGCGCCCCCGCUUGGCUUCCGGCCAGACCACCCUCAGCAUCCAGGCCUUUACUGACAGUACGGCCGAGGAGGUGGCGCUCAAGUGCUCGUGCCGCCUCAAAGCAAUGAUCAUGUGCCAAGGCUGCGGUGCCUUCUGCCAUGACGAUUGCAUCGGGCCCUCCAAACUGUGCGUGUCAUGUCUGGUGGUCAGAUAGUAUGUUGAAGCCCCUGUCGCUUCAGAACUGCUGUCUGUACAGUAUCAGCAGCAGGACGGGGGGGGGGCUCCGGAGUGUACAGAAGCCUGAUUAGGGUUGAGCACACAGGAGGAGCCUGACGGGCAAGAUUUGCUUUGUAUAAUAUAAUUGGUCUGUAUUUUUGUUGUUGCAGAUUUUCAGAUUUUUUUUUAGCUGUACUUAUAUAUUAUUAUUAUUAUUAAUAUUAUUAUCAUUAUUAUUAUUAUUAUUGUGAAUUUGGGGCAUGGUUGAUUGUAAAUUGUGCCUUUUUUUUGUUUUCUUUCCUCAAAAACAUUUACCUCAUCUUAUCUUGCUCCACCUGUCAUCAUUUGAUGGCCAUCAUUGUUUUGGUCCCUCGUUUCCUCAGCAAACAGGGACCUAUUGUUGUCUCUUUGCGCAAAGAAGUAUUUUUUUAACCAUUAAAAUGAGUAAAUGACAUCGUUUCACUGGUUUGUGUUCUGACUCAUUUCAUGGUUCCCUUAAACUCCUGUCUGUUAAAUAUGAUGAACUAAUAAAGUGAUCAUUGAACGGU